UUACUACAAGAAAAUGACUAUCUCUCGAUGUUGACAAAUGUCGGUAGAGACCCAAAAACACUUCGGGAAUUGAACUUCCAAUGUCGUAUAUUUCGUCGGGACUGACCCGUCAAGAGACUAUCUCCCGACGUCGAAAUACACCUCGUCGGGAGUUAAAGUUACUCCCAACGUAUUACAGUGUUGGAAGUAUUAGUACUCCCGAUGUGCUUGAAUACACAUUAGGAGUCAAUGUCUCCCACGAUGCUUAGUCUAUGUACUCGACAGUGCUAGUACUCCUGACGUGUCUGUAUACACGUCAGGAGUUGUCUCUUCUCCCAAUGGCUUAUUGAUGUCGUCGGAAGUUUUAUAUGAGUUGAGGUACUGUGACGCUUGUCGAAAUGACGUUUCAGGGUUCGUUUACCAUUGUAAACGUUGCGGUUUUGAUCUCCACCCUUGUUGUGCAAACCUCCCUCAAGUGCUCGACGAUGGCGAACGCAACCUUUACCUUAGUAUGAAGCUCUCAGGGCCGUGCCACCGCUGCGGAGGCAGGGGACAGGGAUGGUCUUACAAGUCUAAAUGCAGGAGUUAUAACCUUCAUUUGUCAUGUGUGAAGGAAUUGCUAGUAGAGAGUUGGCAAGCCAUGUACCUAAAAGUAGACAAGAACAAAGUCAUUGAGGUUCAAACAAGUAUUCCAAGCCUUAAGGGGACACUACAAAGUAAUCAAAGGGAAAGAGGAAAGGUUGAGCAAGGCUUUCAGAUGGCCGGUCAUGCCGUUCGGUGCAUUGUCUCCGCUAUGCUUGGGGACCCGACAGCCAUGAUUGCUGCGGUUGUUGGUAGCCUCAUAUCAAAGUAGAAAGGAGGCAAAAAUUAAACAGAACCAGAAUCAUGUGUAAUUUUAUGUUCUUGUCUUGGUUCUUGCUUGGUCUGUGUGUAAUGUUUAUAAUAUAUUGUCGGUGAAAAGAAUUGUUUCUUUGUUUUGAUUGCAUUGUUUGAUAAAUGUGUUUCACUUAAAAAUUCUCUCUCCCAACUUUUAUUUGUUCAAUGAAGAGAAUUGAUGUUGUUUGUACUCUGGUGUACUU